UUUCUGCAUGAAGCACUUACUGCUACUUUAUGGGUGGGCUGAAAUCCUUUUCUCCUAUUGGCUGGAAGAGUGCUUUUUUAUUGAACCCUUUAAGGAUUAUUUUGUUACAUACUGACACCUCUUUUGAAGCCGUCACCCUGGAGCAACCAUCAGAGUAGUGGAUGGAGCACGGGAAAUAUGUCCUGGGGGAGCAUGCAUGGUAGAGACCAUCGUAGAACUGGAAACAUGGGAAUUCCAGGAACUAUGAACCAGAUCUCUCCUUUAAAGAAGCCAUUUUCUGGUAACGUCAUCGCUCCCCCUAAAUUUACUCGUUCUACUCCAUCACUGACUCCAAAAUCAUGGAUUGAAGAUAAUGUUUUCCGAACAGACAACAACAGUAACUCACUCUUGCCCUUACAGGUAAGAAUGGAUCGAAACAGAAUGUAUGACAGUCUGAAUAUGCAUUCAUUGGAAAAUUCGUUAAUUGAUAUAAUGAGAGCUGAGCAUGAUCCUCUUAAAGGUCGUUUGAAUUAUCCACAUCCAGGAACUGACAAUCUUCUAAUGUUAAACGCAAGGAGUUAUGGGCGAAGACGAGGCCGUUCUUCUCUCUUUCCAAUAGAUGAUGGCUUGUUGGAUGAUGGUCACAGUGAGCAAGUGGGUGUGUUGAAUUCAUCUACCUGCUAUUCUGCUCAUCAGAAUGGAGAACGGAUAGAACGUUUCUCACGGAAAGUAUUUGUUGGUGGCCUUCCUCCAGACAUUGAUGAAGAUGAAAUUACUGCUAGCUUCAGACGAUUUGGACCUCUGGUGGUUGACUGGCCUCACAAAGCAGAAAGCAAAUCCUAUUUUCCACCUAAAGGUUAUGCAUUCCUCCUUUUCCAAGAGGAGAGCUCUGUUCAAGCAUUGAUUGAUGCCUGCCUUGAAGAAGAUGGAAAGCUUUAUCUGUGUGUCUCCAGCCCUACUAUCAAAGAUAAGCCAGUACAGAUCCGUCCCUGGAACUUAAGUGAUAGUGACUUUGUGAUGGAUGGUUCACAGCCUCUAGAUCCUCGAAAAACCAUUUUUGUUGGUGGUGUGCCCAGGCCACUACGAGCUGUGGAAUUGGCCAUGAUAAUGGAUCGUCUCUAUGGUGGAGUUUGUUAUGCAGGAAUCGAUACAGAUCCUGAACUAAAAUACCCAAAAGGUGCUGGGCGAGUUGCUUUUUCCAAUCAGCAGAGCUACAUUGCUGCCAUUAGUGCUCGGUUUGUUCAACUUCAACAUGGUGAUAUUGAUAAACGAGUGGAGGUAAAGCCAUAUGUGUUAGAUGACCAGAUGUGUGACGAAUGCCAAGGAGCACGAUGUGGUGGAAAGUUUGCUCCCUUUUUUUGUGCCAAUGUCACUUGCCUACAGUAUUACUGUGAGUUUUGCUGGGCGAAUAUCCACUCUCGGGCAGGACGUGAAUUCCAUAAGCCAUUGGUUAAAGAGGGGGCUGACCGUCCACGCCAGAUCCACUUCCGCUGGAAUUGAGCCUGGUUUCCCAGUAUCUCCUUAAGGAAUGAAGGGUGCAUGUGGCUUUACUGUGUUUGAAGAUACUGACAUGCAGAAGAAAUAAGUGCAUUCUUCUGCUUCUCACCCCAACUCUUAAUACAUGCAUCUUUUUCAGCAGCCAAAACACUACAAAGCCUCUUGUUUUUCACCAAAACCCUACAUCUCAGGCUUACUAAUUUUUGUGAUAUUUUCAUGUUAAAAUAAAAAAAAAUGUUUUUUUGUAUUUUCUCCAACUUAUUUUUAUAUGUAAAAUUAAAACUAGAUAUGAGAAUGUUUUUGCAUAGGGGCACACUGUCUGCUGCUAUAUUUAGUGGGUGAAGCGUGCACUUAUUUCUAAACAUGGGUUUUUAACUUCAAGAUCUGCCCCAGUAAUUACCAAAGGUAGCAAAAAUAGUGAAGAUGGAAUAUGUCUGCUACAAAAAAACUUAUUUUUAUUGUUGUUGCUAUUUUCAGUGUAUACAUCAAUUUAAAAAAAAACUAGGGUUGAUUUUUGCUCUCCAUUUUGACUUGCAAGAAAUAAUACCUCAAGAUAAUCUGAUUUAUUAGCUAUUUUUAAACAUUUAUAAUCACAAGCUGUAUUAGCUUUGCUGCUAUAUAGGUGUUAUGUGUAAUGCCACCUAUUAAUACGGGAUUGAAACAUUUUAAGAUACACUGCAUUACAGAUUAAAAUGCAGGCAGCACAAUAUGGCGUAAACUGCCAUAGUUUUAGAAUGUGAAAAAUUGCAUGUUUACUUACCUGUAUACACCUUAUGCAUGCACUAGAUCUAACAAAAGGUGAGUUAUUGCAAAUGUUUUUCUUUAGGUUCUGAAAUCUAGGUAGCAUGAGCAAACCGCAAAAUUUGUAACAAAAGAGACUUGCAUGCAUUAUUGUGACUCAAGUUUUUUUUCCUAAAAAUGUCCUACAUGUGUACAAUAUGCAAAGUAGUUUUAGAUUAGAAAGUGCAGCCAUUUUGUGACCUGGUUGGUAGUGGAAUUCGAUUUUUGCAGACUGGAUAUAAUA